UCUCAUGCAUGGUAGUUUUCCGUCCUGAUGAAAAUAUCAAAGUGUGCAGUGUCCUUGCAUACAGAGCGGAGCCGCUGCAAUCAGUCCCGGAGCAUCAGAGGACACAGGGUCCGGCCCGGAGUGUCACUGUCCUCGGACGUCAGGAAGCACAGUGUCCCCCCUCUGACUGGCUGAUCCCGGCAUGUGGAGCCGCUUUCUCCUUGGAUGACCUACACGCAACCUCUCGGAGGAGCAGCGGACGUCGGUUCACCACAGCUGAACACCUGCCGGUUCGGAGGAACAGCAGGCUACGUAUUAAUACACAGCGGGCAACAAGUCAAACCGAGUCUCCUGCGGACUUCAGGCCGACUGCGGAGCCGCUGACCCGGGGAGCAAAAUCCGACGUUACGAUUAUUUUCUCCUCAUCGUGGCUGCGUCAGGAGGAGCGGACACAAGUGGAAGUUGCGGAGUUGACCGUCAAUGAUUGCGCCUGAUACUUAACGAGCCACACAGAGCAGGGACACCACCGAAGUUCUUGAGGUUACUGGCGUUCACAUGAUGUACACAAUCACCAGAGGUCCCAGCAAACUUGUUACACAACGGAGGACAGGUCCCACACAACAAAUCGAGUCCAAAUUCAGCGACUUGAAGCUCAAGCCGUCGUACUCACUGAGCUCUCCGCCCCCAAAGAUCGUGUUCAAUCGUCUGAACGGGAAGCGCUACCACGGUGCAGCCACACAGAAGGCCUCCAGCCCAGGAGAGGGGUUCACUCCUGCACAUGAGGAGAACGUCAGAUUUGUCUAUGAAGCUUGGCAGGAGGUGGAGCAGAAGCUGGGGGACGGGGACGGUGGGCCUUCAGCUGACAGCCAGGGGCCCAUUCAGUACACUGAGAAGACUCCCAGUGCUGCGAUGAAGAACUUUGUGCCCAUAGACCUGGAGGAGUGGUGGGCUCAGCGCUUCCUUGCCAACAUUGCCAACCUGUCAUGACUGUGCGAGGCAUGGAGCCGGGACAGGAAGCACUGCGACGAUGCUCCGUAGGUGAAGGGCAUCACAGCAGCGGCGAGGAGGCGAGCGCGUCUCCAGGACGGUCCUGCGUAAUUUGGAAUCUGAUUUGAUGCCCUGUGCUUCACGCUGCUGGAGAGAAGACUGGGUGCACAACACAAAGCCCCCUCCCCCCCGAUGCGUUGACAGCGCCCUGAGUGUAGACUCCCAGCGCUGAUUGAAGUUGUGCUCCUCCACAGGACCCGUCUCUCUCUCUACUUGAAUCAGAUAGAAGUUGUGAGAUUUUUUUCUUGCUCAAGAACCUGCCUCCUUUCUAAAGUGUGCUCAGCUGUAUGUACGCCAAGGCUGAUCUUUUAAUAUAAAUGAUAUAUGAAGAGCAAAAGAAGUAAAAUGUUUUUC